AUCAGAAAAAACAUUUGCCAAGUGUUUGGUUGUCUGCAAUCCCUAUUGAUCACAAAGUCACCACCAUACUUGUGCGACAAGCUGCGGGCAUUAGAGCCUUAGAGGUUAUUCUUCUCUGGCAUCAAUGGAGAAGAGAACACCAGCUUUUCUAACUAGUUUAUUAAAAAGGUCUCAAAAGUGUGCUACUAUGGAAGAAAAAGGUUGGAAGAAUACAACAGAUAACACCACUUUCAAUGGUUGGCGCUUAUCUCCUGGUUCAAGUGAACAAAUGACAAAUGGAUGGGCCGAUAAGCCACCCGACAGCCACCAUAAUGGUUGGGGCUUGGGCUCAGCGGGAAAACUUCCCGGAGUAGAAACAUCUAGAAAUGGAUGGACAUAUGAUAAGCCUAAAGAUGAGUAUAAUGAAUGGAUGGAUGAUAAGUCUGAAGAUGAGUAUAAUGGAUGGGGCUCUGGCUUAGGGGAUAAAUCUGCAACUCCAGACACAAGUAGCAAUGGAUGGAUGAAGAUUGAGUCACUUGCAAAUGGGUGGAGUCAUGUUGGUCAAUCUAUAACUUCUAAAUCAUGUAAUAAUGUAUCAAUAAAUGAACCGCCUGAAAAUGAGCCCGUUAGUACACAAGCAAAUAUUGAUAUGGGUACUAUUCCAUUCACAGUAGUAUCAAGACCUUUAGAAGUCGAAUCUUGGACUCCUAAACUAGUUCCUUCAGCUCCACCACUUCCUGAAGAGAAUUAUGAAUACCCAAUUGCUAAUAUUUCAGAUCAUUUGUAUUUUGACUCGACAGAGAAAGAUGUGGUUUCAAUGAAUGCAGGCCAGAAUGGUGAUCCAUUAUGUGUGGUAUGUUGGGAAGCUCGGGUUGAAGGAGCUUGUAUACCUUGUGGACAUAUGGCUAGUUGUAUGUCAUGUCUACAUGAGAUUGAAUCUAAACAAGGAAGUUGUCCAAUCUGUCGUGUGAAGAUUGAUAAGGUUAUAAGGAUUUACGCCAUCUCAACAAAUUAAGCAUCUUGGUGUCUUGGCAACAUCUUUCAUCUAGCACCAUCAUGACAGAGACGAAACACGUAUGCUUACAUUAGUCAUAGUACAGGUAUUCUUGCAUACUUGCAUACUCGCCUUAAUUCGAUAUAAAUGUUAUUUUUUAGAACAAACAUAGUGCACAAUUUACAUGGUUGUAAUUACUCUACAAAAGGUGAUUUGCAUAUGUAGUUCUUUAGUGAAGAGAAAUUAUACUGUAGAA